UGGGUUUAAACUCGAAGAAAUCCUUGAGAAUAUAAUUGAUGAGGAUUGGUUCACUGAACAGAAGAGACAAGUUGAUUAUGAGCUUAGCAAAGAGUUGAAACCCUACCUUAAGAGAGAAAGAUUCAACAAAAUAUCCGAACUCACCAUCAAUGAAGGAAAGAAACUUGAUCUUUCCGAUGAGGUUUUAUUUAGUAAGGGAAGAAUAUUUAGUACCACUGAAAACCUGAUUUAUGGCUAUAUCAUUGCUAGUAGAUACUUUAAAGAACUGGCCGAUGAUAAAAGAUCCAAACUGCGAUUGCAAACAGCAGAAACAUAUGCUAAUAUUAUACGUAUUAAAGCCAUAGGUAGACUGGGUGGACCUAACGAAGCACUUCCGUAUCUGGAAAUCGCAAUCAAUCUUAAAAAGGCAGAUAUUUAUUUUGCUAUCUACUCAGU